ACCGUUGGCUACAGAGAGAAGUGAGCAAGCGCUAAAUUCAAAAUUUUCAAACAGCUGAGGAGCUCGUGGCGUGACAGAGAGAGCGGAGAGACUUUUACUCCCUCACCAGGCAAAUAAAGAAGAAAAACAAAGAGGAUUGUGCUUUAAUUUAAGUUUGUCGUAGUGUAUAUCAGGAUGGACCCAUUCACGGAGAAACUGUUAGAGCGCACACGUGCUCGUAGAGAAAAUCUGCAGAGGAAGAUGGCGGAGAGACCAACGGCGGCCAACCGUCCAAUGGCUAAAAGGACAAGGGAGCCACUUGCAGACACAAACAGUGUCAUAAGUGAGCCAACCAUUGAAAAAGCACUUCCCUCUUCCAAGCCAUCCCCCUCAAAGCGUCGCUGUUCAGAUGAAAAUACUCUCCUUUCUGGAGAAGAAAACAAGCAACCAAUGGCCCCGCAAAUGACAGCCUCUGAGCCUAUGACGGACAAGAAGCCACCCCUGGUUCCAAGCAGUGUUCGUCCCAUGCCCGUGGAGCAAAGGUCUGCUCGUUGUACACCAGAACCAGAAGUGCUGAGCACUCGACCUCCUCCAGACACUGAAAAGAUGAUGUGCCCUCCUCAAUCUCCAGCAAAAAGCACAGAUAGUGUAAUGAAGCACGCCGCUCUAGAUGGAGCCAAAGAGGCACAGAAAGAUGCACCAACCCCAGGCCUCUCCAACAUGAGAUCUCGUCUACAGAGACUGGCUGAUCAAAGGAAUUACUGGGACUCUGAGGGGACCUCAGAAACAGUCCCAGAGAACGUAGGUUUAUCUCUGAAGUCUCACAAAGUGGAUCUCCCUUCUGCUACCCCAACAAACUCUGAGCACGCCGUUGGAAGAAAGGGUAGACUGGCAAACCUUGCUGCUACAAUUGGUUCCUGGGAAGAUGACCUUGGACACCCGCCCACUUGUCGGGACAAUGCACAAGCACAGCCUGGCACGGCCUGUGUGCGCCCUCCUGUCAGGACAGUGAUUAAUAACAGUACCAAGGCAAGUCCUGCUGUGGAACGACCUCAGACUGCCCAACCAGCUCCACAAAAGUCUGUUAACAGCGGUCAGCAGCCAACAGUUUACUCUUCAGUCAAGUCAACCAGGGUGGUUCCACCUAGUCCUCAGAAGACAGAGUUUCCUCAGCCCAGACUGGCUCAAGCAGAUCCCUCUCCUGUUUCCAGCCCACUGAAGAUUUAUCCCUCCACUCAGCCCUCCAGUCCACUUAAAUCUUUGACAGCAUCUCCCUCCAGUCCCCACAGAGGUUACAUCUCUCAGAGCCCCCUGAAGAACCAGGGCCCAUCUAAAUUGAAUUCUGGAGUAGCACUUAAAUCAAGCCCAGCAAAACCAAUUUUGACACCUAAACCCUCUUCUACUGCUGAUGUUUCUGUCAUACAUCAGACUCGUGAGAGGUUUACCAAGGACACGACACCCUUACAGCACAGAGGCCCAGCUGGAACUACUGUAGGCGUCAAGUCAUUUUUGGAGCGUUUUGGAGAAAGGUGCCAGCAGCGCAACCAGAAUUCUCCCUCUGCAUUAGGAGGUCAAGGACAAACACCUGUGGCUGCUCCCUCUGCCACCCCCAAGUCCAGGCUGCUUCAGGAGAGGCUGGGGUGCACCCAGGCCACCUCCACCACAGCUGUCCUCACUCAGAAGCAGAAAAUGGAGCGAGAGGCAGAGCUGGCACAAAUUCGUAAUCGAUUUCAAAAAGGCAACAUAUUGAGGAGCAAAGAGGAUCUCAGUGAGGUCAAGAACGACCCUGAAAACAAGGAAAUUGAACUGUCUGUACAGAGUCAGACUUCUGUGCCAGUGCAUGAUAAUGAGCCUUCUGUGCCAGUGCCUGAAGUACUCAACAGCCCUUCUAAAUCUAGUGAAAAAGGCAAGGAGUGUGCUUUUCCAAGCCCUGCAAAGGAAGUGGAAUUUACAGAAAAUAUAACAAUGGUGAAAGAGCAAGUGGAAGUGAAAGAAAUAGAUGAAGUGCAUGAGAUUGAGAUGAAUGUGGAUGGCUCCGUUAACUCUGAGGUGAUAAAUGAGCUGUUUGAUGGAGUCCUGGAUGAGAGCGAGGAGCAAAGUGAUGAGGAGGAUGAAGAUGCUCUGAAUAUCUCCUCCAUGUCUCUCCUUGCUCCACUUGCAGAGACUGUAGCAGCUGUGGUCAAGAGCCCAGAAAGAAAGCCUAUGGUGAGCCCUGGGGAUACAUCGACUCCUGCCAGCUCAUUUAUUGAGAAGAGUUCCACCCCUGAGAGUGUAUCCAGACCCAGUAAGUUCCAAAGGGCACGCAUGUUACGAGCUGGAUCAUCUGACAGCAUUGAUGCCAUAGAUGAGCCGCAAAACCAGAACCUUCUGUACAGCAUUGAUGCCUACAGAUCCACAAGGGUUAAGACUGAGUCAGAGAGACCUCAUGUUAAACAGGUGUUAGUGAGGAAAGAGGAUGUGUCUCAGAGAAUGGAGACCAAUGGGAGCUCCAGUCACAUCAACAUCAAGCAGAAAAUGAAGAUAUUGACCAAUGAGAUGAACCUGCAGCAGACAGUGAUCCAUCAGGCAAGUCAGGCUCUCAACUGCUGCACAGAUGAAGAACAUGGGAAAGGAUCUCAAGUGGAGGCUGAGGCUGAGAGACUGCUGCUUAUUGCCACUGAAAGGAGGGCUGCCCUGAAGGCUGAACUGGACCGGCUAAAAGCAGAGGGUCCAACAGCCCAAAAGAAAAGCACAAGCAGUGCCCAGGUGGAUAUGGGUAUACCUGCUUCUAAAGGGUCCAUCUCACUGCUGGAGCUGCGACUCCCUCUGAAGGCUGACUUUAUCUGUUCUUCUGCCAACAAGCCUGAAUGUGGAAACCAUUACUACUUUGUGAUGAUCCGUGCUGGAGCUGAGAACACAGUGGCGACGACUCUAGCCAGCACACGCACUGGCCUAAGUGGCGAUGCUUUGACCUUCUCCACAAAAUUCACUUUGUCUGACGUCUCUAAUGACUUUGAGAUUGAUAUUGAGGUCUACUGUUUUGUUCAGAAACGGGAGCUGAACCCUGACAAGAGGAAAAAGCCCAACAAGUCAAAGAGCAGCAGUCAGCGUGUCCAGAUUCUCCUGAGGCAUUUCCAUGACAUGGAAACAUGCUUGUUGGCUAUCACACCAAAAAGGUUCCUUGCUAUCUCUAAGAGCAACCUCCAAACACCUGUUGUGGCUAGCCCCGGUGGUCCAAACGCAGUGCGCACCAGUAGCUUUGUACUUGUCGGAUCACACAAGCUAACUCUUGCCUCUAUUGGGAAAAACAAAUUCCCCUUGGAGAAGAUCAAAUAUGAAGGGGUUGAAAGAGAGCUGCUCAGUGACAUGUUUCACAAAAAGGUACCUUUCCUUUGUCCUUUGGAGGGGCACGUUUAUCUGAAAAUGCAGUGCGAGGUUGGCUCACGGAUAGAGGAAAGAGGCUUCCUGACUAUGUUUGAGGAUGUCAGUGGAUUUGGAGCCUGGCACAGGAGGUGGUGUGUCCUUUCUGGAUAUUGCAUCUCUUUUUGGACCUACCCUGAUGAUGAAAAACGAAAGAAUCCGAUUGGUCGCAUUAACCUAGCUAACUGUACCAGUCGUAAAGUAGAGCCGGCAAACAGAGAGUUCUGUGCCCGGCCCAAUACCUUUGAGCUCAUCACUGUGAGACCACAGAGGGAGGAUGACAGAGAGACCCUGGUCAGCCAGUGCAAGGACACACUGUGUGUUACAAAGAACUGGCUGAGUGCUGACACUAAGGAUGAGAGGAAUCUGUGGAUGCAGAAGCUCAACCAGAUCUUGAUAGACCUGCGCACAUGGCAGCCAGAUUCAUGCUACAAACCCAUGUAAGCCUGAUCUCAUCAGGCACCAAGGGCCAAAAGUAUUCUAGUCUGACUUUCACAUUGACUGCGUAUAUGUCUGAUUUGGAAGUGCAAUAUGGCAUCAGUUACACAGUGUUUACAGAUACAUUUUACAAGUUUGUAAUUAUAAAUUUGACAAAAGUUAAAAGCCAUAAAUUAAAAGACAUUUCAAUUAAAGGACAAAAUGCUUUGCCUUACAAGGGUAUUCAGGUAUGUUUUUGAUACUUUUGUCUGUGUAAUUUAGCAAGGAUUGCUUAAAGACUAAUGCAAGUUUGUUUGCUUUAUUAGACUGUCAAUUUGUGUAUGCAUAUUUAAAUGUUUUUUUGCAUGACUGCUGUCUGCUGCGAUACCUGCUGUAGUCAGACUUCUCAGAAUAUUUGUUAAGCAAGACAGGAGGCAGUGUCUGAAUCUUUAAAUGAACUACACAUUUAAUGUCAGUACUUUGUGGUGACAAGUUUGAUUUUCAUAUUAAGUACUGCCAAAACCCAUGAUCGGUUUUUAUAUUUGUAUAUUUGCUGUUAUAAGGAUCACUUACAUUUUUUUUGCUCAUGUCACAGGAAUCAGAAGUUUAUUUGAAAAAGAUAUUUUGGGGUUUGGUUGGAUUAGAGUUAUGAAAAUUGAGAUUUAUUUAUAUAUCAGUUUCUUGAAGUACACAGUCGAGAGCUCACUUGGAUAAUGAAAGGGAAUGGUUUUUUUUUUCCCCCUCCUUUGUGACAUUUAUGGGCAGUGUUGGUCCUAUCUGUGGUUAAAAAGCUGCAGACCAUUUAAAACAACUAGAUCCUUCCCUAUGUCACCAAACCUGUUUUCAGCUCAGCUUCAGCAAUAACACUAUGAGGGAUAUGUGCCUUCAAAAGAAUACAAAUGUUAUUGAUAUUUGCCAUAUAAAUUUCCCUUUUUUGUUGAAAAGGAAAAUGGCCCAAGACCUGUUUUUUGUUUUUUUCUUUACCCAGAUCCAGAUGAUUUCACAAUUGAGUUGAAAUAUUUAUCAUGCACAUCCCCUGUUUUCUAAGCUCUCUACGCCAUAUAUAUAUUCUUGUGGAUUUGCUUUGUAACUUUUAUAUGAACAUUUUAUAUCAUUUUAAUGGUUCUAACUAACUUUAUUUAUCUAUAUCCAAAUGUGUUUGAAUAAGUGACAUCUACAAAAGCUUUUUUUAAUUUACACUAAAUGUCAUAUUGCCUUGACUGAGACAAAUUUCUUAACCUUGUGAUACACAAUACCAAAAUAUAGCCCCCCAUCACUGUUGUAAUCUUAAGGCACUUUAGUGUUAUGGCUGUUUUGUGUGUUAUUGUAUCUUAAAACACUCCAAAUGUGGCUUCCAUGUAUCACGCAGAGCUGCAGUUUAAAUAAAACAAGAUUUUGCCA